CGGAAGACAUUUUCAUUGGUUUUCUGAUUGCGGUUGUGCGAUUAUUUCCGCACUUUAACGAAAUAUACCGAUUGUUAGUGAUCAGCUGACUUGUAUGCUGACGGUUGUGUCUUCGGUUGAACAGUUCUUCAACCAGUGACAGAAAAAUAGGUGUUGUCUGGUGGAGAAAAUUCAAUAUGCCAUCGCUCCUGUUUUGCGGUCCGAAGAUGGCCGCAUGUGGCAUCGUAAUCAGCAUAUGGGGAGUAAUCAUGCUGGUGAUGCUGGGGAUCUUCUUCAGUGCAAAGUCGGCAGUGCUGAUUGAAGAUGUGCCGUUCACUGAGGAGGACAUUCGUAAUGAUAAGAAUCCUCCACAGACCAUCUAUGGCUUAUACAACCAGGUGGGAAUCAACUGCUUCAUUGCAGCGGCCAUCUACGUAGCAGUGGGUGCCGUCUCCCUCUGUCAGGUCCGACUCAACAAACGACAGGAGUACAUGGUCACAUAAUGUCUCCGUCGUCGGCUUAUCAGCAAGCAGCCAGACAGCUGUCUGAGUAAGAUUAGAGAGCAAUGUGAACAAUAUUAUUCAAUAUUAGUCCUGUUUAAGUGUCACUCAAGUUUCUUUGUGAUGGACCAAUCAGCUAUCUCUACAUAACUCCCUAGUUAAAUGAAAUUGAAAAAUGAAUAUGUUGCUGUUGAAAUCUUACUAUGUUCUUCUAUGUUUUUUUUUUUAUUAGGGAGGAAGCAGGCAGCCUUCCAGAGGGCUAUUUAUUUUUGAAUUACAAACUUACAUGUGUUACCUGUCCUUGUUAUGGGUGCUGUGUUCAUUGUGAAUGAAAUGUACCAUUCCAGUUGUAGGAUUGUUAUUGAAACUAAUCAAAAGGUGGGCCAAGUGGAUAAUUGGCUGCAGUGGUGUUGAGACAAUGUCCUCCUGUCAUCUAGCUGAAAACGUGCAUGUGUAAUUGAAAUCAUGUUUGAAUUUAACAUAGGAAAUUUAACUUGUUCUUGGAUAGUGUAAAUGCUGUUGUGAAUGUUAAUAUUUGUUAGGUAUCAGAUGGCGGAUGUUUGAGGAACAUUUACAUCAUAAUAUUCAUUGUGUUUGCCAUAAAGGGAUACUUCAACGAAUUUAACUGAUUUGUCUACUGUUUU